CAAAUUGGCGAUUUUGGUAAAAAUUUCACAAGAUUUUACAUUAUGCCCAAGAAAUUCACAAGCCUCGUAAAAAAAUUCUCACGGCGAAGAACGUCAUGGCACGGAGCGAUUUAAGAUGGCUCAACAGUUUAAGAAACAUUUAAAAAUAUUGGAUUGUUGGUGUUGGUUGGACGGUGUAACGAAAUUUGGAAAUUCAGCCAACGUGACCCCUUUCAUAUCUGACGGAUCUGAUUGCUAUUCUUUCAUGUUCAUGGAAAUUAGCCUUACUGGCCGUGGCAACGGAGUAGAUGGAGGUGAUGGUGUUCCGGGUGAUAUCAGUUUUGAUAACCAAGUAUUUGAUUUAAACUUUCAUCCAAAUCGAGACGUUAUUGCUGCUGGAGAAAUCGAUGGAACGGUGACAGUCUAUUCAUAUGCAGUUUCUGAAGAGAAUCAUUUGCUCCUGGAGCUUCACCAUCAUAAAAAGGCUUGUAGAGCACUGACCUUCUCUCUUGAUGGCUUGUAUCUUUAUACAGGCUCCAAAGACAAAUCCUUGCAGGCUGUUGACAUGAAUUCAGGAGCAGUAGCUCAUUCAAUUGCAAAAGCACACAACUCCCCAGUUUAUUGUAUGAAGGUCAUAACAGAUAGUCUCAUAGCUACAGGGGAUGAUGAUGGUUGUGUGAAGUUCUGGGACACAAGGCAAGCAAGUUGUGUCAUGACAGUAGCAGACAAUCAAGACUUCAUCUCUGAUAUGGAUUGUGAUGCAGAGAAACGAACUCUUUUAGCUUCAAGUGGUGAUGGCUCUUUAUCAGUAUUUAACAUUCGGCGUCAAAAGAUCGAGCAGCAGUCAGACAACAUGGAAAGUGAACUUCUGUCUGUUGCUGUAGUCAAGGGUGGGCGAAAAGUGGUUUGUGGCACUGGUGAUGGCAUUCUGAACCUGUUCACUUGGGGUGAGUGGGGUGACAUAAGUGACCGUUUUCCUGGUCAUCCAUUAUCCAUUGACUCGUGUGUGGCUGUUAGUGAUAAUGUCGUCUGCACAGGUUCAAUGGACGGAAUCAUAAGAGCUGUGCAUAUUUUACCCAAUCGUUUCGUUGGUACAGUUGGAGAACACAAAGAUUUUCCAGUGGAAAGAAUGCGGAUAUCAAGAGAUGGAAACACGCUGGCCAGUUGUUCUCAUGAUCAGAGCGUCAAGUUUUGGGAUGUAAGUCAUCUUAAGACACUGCGUGUAGAUCCUGGUUGUAAAAAGAGUGACCCUUCGACGAAAAAGGCGACAGAUGACUUCUUUGCUGAUCUAUAGCGUCGUUUGUUAAAGAACAUACAAUUGCUUACGGUCUUGAGUCAUUGUGAGUACCUUGCAAAACUACGUCUCCUUGAAGAAGACCAGGAGAUAUUGGUCGUGCAGUAAAGAAAAACACAGAAGAGGCUUUGAUGGACAAAGAAUGAACAAACAUGGCCAAUAAAGGAAUAGAUUUAAAAAGAUUGAAACUGACUAUCUCCAACAAUUGUCAGUUUGAUUUCUGAAGCGGGUAGCUAAAGUGAAGUGGUUGAUAAGGCACAAACGUUGUCGCAUGAAACGAAAUGAGCGUGCAGACGGUCCUCCAAGCACACUGGGAAGUUUGAGAAACUCGUGGACAACUUCUGUUCAAAAAUGAAUUUAUAUUUUAUAUACGAAUCUCACGAUACUCUUAAGUCAUUAAGUUUGUUUCUCACAGUCAAAGCUAUCUCGAAGCUGAAUAUGUAACACAGCGGUAAAUUACAAAUAGAAAUUUAAAAAAAUUAGCUGUCGUCGUCCUCGUUCUUCAUAAAACGCAAAAUUUGGUCAUUUCACGUUGUUGUUUUGCAGAGGACGCGAGGACAUUUACAAAGAUUUGUAACGCACAUCAGCAGCCAUUGUUCUGCUCAUGUAACUGAACCUUUUGUUUUAGUAGCGUUCCCGUUGCCGUUGCGGUCCUGGAAUUCUUAAACUCUCUCAAAAUAUUGCGGCGACAGCAACGAGAACAGAACGAAUCAAACCAAUGAGUACCCAAACUGUUGCAGUUUGUCAAGGUUUUCUUUUCUUUUUUUUGUCAUGGUAUUAUGUAAGUUUGCCUAUGUGCAGGAGUGAGGUGUAGAACUUACCAAAUUUGGGUUACUUGUCCUGCAAGCUUUGCAAUUAUAAAUAAAUGCACGUGAUACCAAGA